UUUAAAGUUACGAUAUUUUAUUUUCGGGUCAUUAUAGAAGUUUAUAUUCCUGUAGGUUUGGGUAUAUAGUGUAAAAACAAUGGGAAUUGAAACGAAAUUCCGUGCUUCCCACGUGGCAACAAAAGCAGGAGCAGUGGUUCUACUUGUAACAGUCAUACUGUAUGUGGUCGGGUUCGCCACAAAUGGUUGGGCUCACUUCAAAACUGGAUUAAUUGAACAAGGACUUUGGAAAGAAUGCCUGUGCUUAAGGGGUCUUUCAGAACAGAAAACCUGCGUUUGUACCAACCUGAAUGACGACGAUGCGCUACAAGUUCCAGGUUGGUACAAGGCAGUUCGGGCAUGCGCAGUCAUCGCAUUGCUGUUCUUAAUUGGUUCUAUUGGGUUUACACUGACGUCACUGUUGAUAUCCUCGAAACCGUCCAUAAGACUGGCAAACAUCGCAUGUGCUAUUUUUGCUGGUAUUUUCAUUGUUGUUGCCCUCAUUGUGUUUCGUGUCAAGCUGUUUGAGGGUAUGGGGAAGGACCUUUACGACUUGAAGUACUCCUAUAACCUAUGCACUACUGUCGUCGUAUUCAUUUUCGUCAUUCUGACACCACUUCUUAUCGUUGGACACAUGAAAACACAGUCAAAUCCGGCAGCGGUUGGGAUCGCACAACAAGGAUUUGUUAUUCGCACCUCUGGACAUACAGCGCCCGGUCAACCAGGCAUGGCAUAUCCUAUGACAUCAUAUCCGACAGCUUAUGUUCAAACCGGUGCAAUCCAUUCAAUGCACUCACAUCCAGUGGGAUACGUUCCACAAGGUGUUGCAUAUCCUAUCUCGUCGUAUCCGGCCGGAUAUGGUCCCUAGGGCGUCUUGAAUCCUACUACGUCAUAUCCAGCAGGACACGGAAAUACCGGCGUAGCAAACACUCCCAUGUUUCAUCCAGCAACGGAUGCCAUGACCACUUCAUAAUCCUGGACCAUAGUUAAUUAUAAGAAAGACUCUGACAAUGUUAGCAAUUCUAGUUGACAUUGGUACAGUAUGACUAAGAUACGUCUGCUUUCCAUGACUUAAUAUUUUACGAGGUUAUUUUCUGGAAAUAUUUGGUUCUUUGUCAGGACAUUUUUGUACCAAUCAGAUAAAUAUUUAUUCACAGCAUGAUUAGUUGAUUACUUUCUGACGUUAAACUGAUCACUUUCUGGCGUUAAUUUGAUCACUUUCCGAUGUUGAUAUUUUAUGGAAUCCCUAUUUAGAGCCUCUUUAGUUCUACUAUUAGAAUCCUUAAUUGUUAUUUCAUGAUAUAUUAUGAAAUAUUCAUUUAGUGACUAUCUCAUGUUUAUUUCAUUGCGAUUAAGGGCAAGCAUUGUUAGCCAAACAAGUGUGAGCAUCUCUUUCACUUCUGAUUAUUUCCUAGUAUAUGAUGCUCUGCAUCUCUGUGGACAUCACUCUGCUCCAGAAAUGUCAUACUGACAAUACAUUUAAAGAAGCUUAGAAGAAUAUCAACCAACUUUAAUCUCAGAGGAAUGCAGCAUUUUAACACUUCGUUAGUUUUGAUAACAAAUUGAAGAACUCUGAAGAUUACUUCUCAUUUUUUAUAAUAACUUGAAGAAUUCUAAAGAUACCUACUAUUUUGACUUCUACCAUGAAGGAUUAAUAUCCACAAACUUGUCUAGCUGAUUUGUCAGCACUAUUGGGUGUCUAUGAGAGAUUGACCAGGUAGUCAUAUUGACCCUCUGGGUCGAUGGUGGUUAAUUGAUGACAAUGACCUCAGUUCAAUUUUAACACCAGUAUUCACCAUUACAAUUCAUGUAGGGCCUAAACAGCACGAGCAUGUGGCACUUUGGACUUGCCCUUCUCAAUCUCAUUUUUAACUUGUUCAUUUUGACCGCCAUUCAGAAUUCAUGGCUGUUAUUUAUAUUCAUUCUUUCAUUCUUUAGACUUGUCUUGCCCUUGAUAAUUUUUUUCUUUACCGCAAUUUCACACACCCUUUUGGGAUUAGUUUUCUUUGUCUGCUUUGAGCACCCGCAUUUUUUAUACAUUUUUCUGUUAACCUUUAUGAUAUUUUGGAAAGUUUACCAAAUUAAAUUGACUAUUGUUGUUAUUAUUUAGUUAUUAUUUCUAGUUUUCUGUUUAUUUUGACUCUGGCUGGUCAUUUUCAAAUUCAGUCAACUUGGUUUAAGUAAAUUAAGGUAAUACGGCACCUUUCACAUAAGAUAAUACUUAGUAACAAAUUGUACCCUCUAAAGUCUAUGUGCCAAGCUUGUAACAUUGUGUACAGUUGAGCAAGAAAAUGUGUCCACUAAAUCUAUGCCAAGGGCAAAACACUAGGUCGUUCGGUCAAAUGUUGGUAAAAUCUGUUGGAGAUAAAAGUUUCCAUCCAAUAAAUGAUUAAAUGUUAGUUAGAAAUGUGUUUCUGAUAAUAGGUAGGAUACGUCCUUUGGGAGGCUUAACUGUCAUAUUUGAAACUAAUGCACCUGCGAGAAAGCAAAAUAGAACAGCCAUUAUUCUCUUGUUUCUGAUAAUAAACCCAUGUUAAUGAGAUAUUUUUCUGUUCAAGACUUAAAGGUAGGAGACUCAAAUAUAUAGAAUCACUUUUUAAGACAUCGUCAAAUACCAUACACUCCUGGAGAAGUAUUUAUAAAGUAUAUUAGUGGAAAUUUCAUCUAAAAAAAUAUCAAGUUGGAUUUGAAGGAAAUUAACAAUGUUUUUACACCGAAAUAAUGAAAAAGCGCAAGAACAUUUGAAAAUAAUAAAUGCAUCAGAAUAAAUUUGAUGAAAAACAGAUAACAUUUUAAUAAUUCAUUGUUAAAAUUUCGAUUUUUUUACCAACAUGAAAACAAUCACUAAGAAGCUUUAAGUAAGAAUUAUAUUAAGUUUUGGAAAUAUUAUAUAACAUGUUUGUAAAUAUUAUAUUAUUCGUAUUUCAAAAUAAUUUAUGUUUUCCUUCAUGUAUGUACUAUAUUUGGUUUGUGUUUAUAACGCUGAGCUAUAUUUGCUGAAGUUAGAUGAUAAUACGUAUAAUUCUGUCUUGUUCUGUUUAUAUAUAUAGGUUCCAUAAUCACAGUGUGUACCACUAUGUUUCUUUGAUGUGAAUAAAGAAUCAAAAUAUU